GCCAUUGUGUGGCUGAACUCGGCCGCCGCUGCGGUGUGAGGCUCCCGCCUGGGUACUCUUCCCCAGCCGCACCGCGGCUACUGCCUUGCGGUCCGCCGUUCGACAGUCAGCCUUCGGGCCCUGCCCGCCACGGCCAUGCCACGCGUCUACAUUGGACGCCUUAGCUACAACGUCCGGGAAAAGGACAUCCAGCGCUUUUUCAGCGGCUAUGGCCGCCUCCUCGAAGUAGACCUCAAAAAUGGGUACGGCUUCGUGGAGUUCGAGGACUCCCGCGACGCCGACGACGCCGUUUACGAGCUGAACGGCAAGGAUCUUUGCGGCGAGCGCGUGAUCGUAGAGCACGCCCGGGGCCCGCGCCGCGAUCGAGACGGCUACAGCUACGGAAGCCGCAGUGGUGGAGGUGGAUACAGCAGUCGGAGAACAUCUGGCAGAGACAAAUAUGGACCACCUGUUCGUACAGAGCACAGGCUUAUUGUAGAAAAUCUUUCUAGUCGUUGUAGUUGGCAAGAUUUAAAGGAUUUCAUGAGGCAAGCAGGUGAAGUAACAUAUGCGGAUGCUCACAAAGAACGUGCAAAUGAAGGUGUGAUUGAGUUCCGCUCCUACUCUGACAUGAAGCGUGCUUUGGAUAAACUGGAUGGUACAGAAAUAAAUGGCAGAAACAUUAGGCUUAUUGAAGAUAAACCACGAACGAGCCACAGGCGGUCGUACUCUGGAAGCAGAUCAAGGUCACGGUCUAGAAGAAGGUCACGAAGUAGGAGUCGCAGGAGCAGCCGCAGUAGAUCUCGAAGUAUCUCAAAAAGCCGCUCCCGAUCCAGGUCGCGGAGCAAAGGUCGAUCACGUUCUCGAUCAAAAGGCAGGAAAUCCAGAUCAAAGAGCAAAUCUAAGGCCAAGUCUGAUCGGGGUACCCGUUCUCGCUCUCGAAGUAGAUCUAAGGAUGAGUAUGAGAAAUCUCGAAGCAGAUCUCGUUCUCGAUCUCGUUCUCCCAAGGAAAAUGGAAAUGGUGAUAUAAAGUCAAAAUCCAGAUCAAGGAGCCAGUCUCGGUCCAAUUCACCCUUACCUGUUCCACCCUCAAAGGCUCGUUCUGCGUCCCCUCCGCCAAAAAGAGCUACGUCAAGAUCCCGUUCUAGGUCUCACUCAAAGUCGAGGUCCAGAUCAAGUUCCAGAGAUUAACCCAGAACUGUAUGUUCUUUGCACACUAUUAUGGAACACUUUCUUACUUGCUUAGGCAGUUACUCCUAUGUGUUUGUUCUUGGCCUCUUUUGCAAGAGGAGUUACCUGAAAGGAGGGGCACAGAGAAAUUUGAUUUGUGGCCAAAUUUGAUGAAAAAGAUGAGGUUCUAAAGAAACGUUGGCAUGAAGUCAAAGAUCUUCUCCCUUCUUUGUAGAAUUAAGAUAACUUUGAUUUUAUAGCUUUUGAGCUAAAAUAAACUUUUGUAAAGAUUAAGCUCAUUUAGAUUUUUUUUUUUUUAAUGUUUCAGCAGGAUCUGCUGCAGGGGUUUUUUGUUGUUUUGUUUGUUGGCUUAUUUUUACUGUUUCAAGCUUUGAAUACUUAAGGCUUUAGAGGGAGAGCUCAAUUUUCAAUUAUGUUGGCUUUUUAUAAAGCCUGAGUUACGUAAGAUUUAAAUAAAAGUUUGCUUCCGACAUGAUUGCCUUAUCGAGUAGGUCAAUAUUAAAUUCCAUUAAUAUCUGCUGUGGAAACAAUGUAAAUUCUACUUAGGUGUAAAACAAGGCAAACCUUUGACCAGCAAUAAAUUAUUCCGUUUGGAUAAUGUUACUUUGUGCUGUUACUCAAAUUUCCCAAAGUCUUAUUUGUCCCUUUAACAAAUUAGAUUAAAAAUAAAAGGUACUUUAUAGUUAGUGAAUCUGUUCUGCAAUUUUGCUUAAAUUAAUUGGUUUUAAAUAAUGAUUUUUUUUUUUUUUUAAGUUGUACUCUUCCAAGAAAUAGCUCCUAAUACUUUGGAUUUCAUUUAGCCAGUAAUCCCACUUUCUGGAAGUGGUUGGUGUGAUGACUGUUUGUUAGGGUAUGGUUUGAUGCUCUUUACUGCUUGUUACGUAAAAAUGACGAAAAUAUCAUUUGUUUUAUCGGGAAUUUAGUACAUUCUUGUUCAAAGUAAAAAAUACGGCAUCUUCUGUUGGAAGAUCAUUUAAUAGGCAAGUUAACAUGUUACUUGGUAAAGUCAGUUGCAAUUAAAGUAAAAUCCCACCCAACAAUCAGCUCCCUUAGUAGUUAGUGGGGUUAUGUGAUAACUGAUCAUCCUUCUAAGCUUUAUACAGUGUGUAGUUUGGGAAAAAGGUUAAAUGGGUAGACCCUAAAUUUUUUUGUACUUUUAUUAUGACUGAAGUGUAAUGAGUACUGUGGAACCCAAACUCUUGCACUGCGAAUUUGUAGGAGUUACUGGGUUAACAAUUAGUCCAUACCCCCAUAAGCCUAAUUACUUGAAAUUGCAGUUUGAGAUAUGGAUUAUUUAUACUCCUCUGCCUCGACAGCACUGGGUUUUCUUUUUGCUCAAAUAUUUCAAAUGGUUUUUGAAAUUAAUUUAGAAGCACACAUCAUUAAGGUUUUGUUUUUUGUUUUUUUUUUUUUAAUACUUUCUAGGGGUUGUGCCUAUGUAAGGUACCAAGAGUUGGGUUCAGGUAGAACAUGUAUAUUGCUCACUGUGCCACAGGGGUAACUGGAAACCAUACUAUUCCAGGGUGGUUUUUUGGGUUCAGUAGUACAGAAGGCAUACCUAAUAAAAUGAGGCAGAAUGAAAUAAUCGAGUCAAAAUUAAGAUCUAGGUGUCAAAAUAGAGUAACUGGGAGUACUUGAAACAAGUAGAAGGUCUCUGAGUUGGCUUUGCUUCAGAGAAAAAAAAUUAAAUGGACAAUUAAAUUUGUUUUUAAGAAAUUCUUGGGCUUCUUGUUACAGUUUUUAAAGUCUAAUUUUAAGAAUCUAGUGCCCCCAAAAAGUUGAUUGUUUAUGUGAACUUAGUGUUUUUUUAAUAGGUGCUUACUGUUAAGGAGAUUUUUUUUUUUUUUUUAAUAGAAACUGCAGAAUUUGAGAGUUCUUUACCAUUUUCUUAAUGGUGCCAGUAAUGAUAAUCUGUUGUUUUGCUUAUUUGAAAGAACAGAAAUGAUUUUUAAUAUAUAAAAAGGCAAACCUCCAUCACCUUUCAGAAUUUAGUGUGUAAGGACAAGUCUUAAGAAUUGGCUUUGACCAAAGUUACCUUGUUUUCCAGGAAAAUAUAAAAGCUUUCAAGCCCACAGCCAUUUAAAAGGAAGAGGGGAAUAGUACAGUGUGAAAUCUGGCUUUCAGAAAAUAGCCAGUGUCCUUCACCUGGGCUUUCCUGUUACCUCACAUGGUAAUAGGCAAGUUUGUCCACAUUGUUACCUGCCCCAGAAGUGAAUAAUUGUAUAGGUAAAUCUGCACCCAUAAAAAUUGCCUAGUAAUAGCUAAGAACAAUUUAUUAAAAAUCUAGUCCUGCUGCAUAACCUGUGGAAACCACUGUUUAUAUCACUGGCCCACUUGAGAACAUACGAGUUGACUGAGAAAAUGUUUAGUUCCUUGCUGACUUGUGAGUAGAACCUGAGAGUCUUAGAACAUGCCACAGGUUUGUCUGUGGCCAGGUGGAGUGUUAAGCUGAUAGAGGGCAAAAGAGGAAAAGUAGGUUAGGAACAUCCUGAUUCCCCCAUAUUUUACUUGAUAGUUUUUAUUGACACACCACAGUGCCUUCAUGGCCACUUUGAGUCCUACCUGCUCCUGAACUUUUACCUUCCUGCUCCUGUGUCACCAUUUUCAUCUUGGUACUUUAUUUCUCCCGUUGUGUUAACCUAUGCUUUAUCCCCUCAAUAAAAUGCUUCAUAAGGGAAGGGCUUGGUUUGAAUUUCUUGUGUGUUCCCACUUAGCAUCCUUGACAAAUGGGUUUUUGAGUUGGAAUUGCCAUUGGCAUGCUGUUCCUAGAGUACGAGAAAAGGAUCUUGUAAGUUUCUUAGAAACGUGAAUUGGGGAUCAACAUAACAGGGUUUAUUUUGGUCAAGUUGUUAUCCACUGUUUCAGUGUCUUUAUCUGUGUAAAUAGUAUUUAAAACUACCUUAAUAUACUAGCUGUUACUAUGAAGAAUUGGACAUGCUAAGUUACUUUUGUAUUAACCUGCUUUAUUUUCAUAUAGAAUUUCCCAAUUUUUACCUUCUAGUGGUUAAAACAUUUUCCAGGGUAUUUCCUAGAUAAACUAGGAAGAUUUAAUCUUUUUCCUCGCAAGUCUUUAGCCUAAUUUCUUUAAUUUGGACUUGGGGCACUCUAAAUUUAGCAGUUUACACUUAGAAAACCAACACUGACUUAUUACUAAUCUUGCUUUCAGAGGGCACUUUGUCUGACCUCAUCCAGUUUCACUCCAGUGGUAAUGGAACUUAGAUGAAAGACUUAAAAGUGGAAAGCUCUGUUAACUUGAUGUAAUUAAAAAAGUAUUAUGUGCUUGGAAAGAGCCUACUUAGUAACGUAGCCACUGUUAGUAAUUGUGUUUGCCCAUGUUUCUGGUCAUACGCGUAUGCCAUUCGUUUUCAGUGCUGAGCUGUCUGUGCCAUAAGUAGAGUUCUGCACCUUCUUACUGAGCAUUGCUAGCGCAGAGAUCUGUUAAACGGUGAGAAGUAUACUGUCGGAGUUCCUGCAUGGUGCAGACGGUUAAUGUGAUUGGCUGUUAAUCGAGAGGUUGGAGGGUUGAGUCCAGUCCACCCAGAGGUGAAAGAAGGCCUUGGCAAUCUACUUCUGAAAAAUUGGCUACUGAAAAUCCUGUGGAGCAGUUGUACUCGGAUACAUAGGAAAGAUCACAGCCUUUGGAGUCAACUCAACAGCAGCUGGGGUUUUUUUUUUUUUUUUUUUAAACUGUCUAUUUACAUGCUAGUAUUUGAGCUUUUGGGGUCAGUAACCACUGCUCGUGUUUAUAACCCUAAUGUGUGUGUCCAUUUGCCAAAUGGAUUGUUACAAUUGUGUGAAUGAAGUAAAUUCUGAAUAGCUUGUUCAGAUACGACUAGCCAUUUUACAGCAAUCCCAGGUGGUCCCGUAGUACAGCCCUUAAUAAAGUGGUUAAUUCAUUUUUAAUAGUAGUCAUGGUUCAAAAAUCGGAAGAUACUAUACAAUAAAAUUUGCCUUUGACCCCUUGGGGAAAGAUGAGAGUGCUAGUUUCUAAUACAUCCUGGAGAUGUGCCCAGAAAAAGGUUAAUGGUCCCAAUAGCUUCAUCAUCACAUAGCCCACUUGAAUUUUGCAAAGACAAGUGAUAAGUAUUAUAGCUUGUAUCGGAAAACAAUUAUUAGUAAUCUGUUAUUCACAGUUCAGUGUAGUCAAUAUAUUUAUACCCAUUUUAGGGAUCAUUUCUAAGGUAGUCAGUACUGUAAUAGCAUGAGUCUUUCUAAGCAGAAUCAAGGUUUAAAUCUUGGUAGGUAUCUUUCCCUUUUAUUUAUCUAUUUCCUAGGAACAGAGACAUUCUCUUAGAUGUUAGCUGCAUUUGAGUCAGCCCCAAUGCACGGCAACCCCAUGCGCAACAGAACAAAACUCUUACCUGCUCUUGUGCCUUCCCCAUGAUGGGUUGUAGACCUGACUGCUGUGACCCAUACGUUUUUAUUGGUUAAUUUUGGAAGUGGAUCAAUGCAGUUCCCCCCCACCCCCGCUGGUUUUUUGAUGGAAACUGCUGAACCCUAUUUAGCAUCAUAGUGAAUGCAAGCCUCCACUGACCUGAAUUAAACCCAGGUCUCCACCUGUUGCUGUGGACGCAGUUCUGAGUCAUAGUGACCCCAUGUGUAUAGAACUGCUGCAUAGGGUUUUCAAGGUUGUGCCCUUUCUCAGGCCUAUCUCCCAAGGUGUCUGUGGAUGGGUUCUCACUGUCAGCCUUUCGCCUAACACUUAACCCUUUGCACCACUCAGGGACUUCGGGUUGGAAGGUGAGAAUCCCUUAGGUACUACAGCGUAAUUGUCUAGUUAUUGAAAUUGAGAAAUUAACAAGUGUACUAUUAGCUAAGCCACAGUCCAUAUUUCAUCAGUUCCUCUUUUUUUUCCCUCUGUUGUUCCAGGUUUAUCUAUUGUAUUUUGUUGCCAUGGCUGUUUAGUCUCCUUUAAUCUGGAACAACCUUGGCUUUGACUUUUGAAGAGUAAAGGACAGUUAUUUUAUGAAAUUGCCUUCAGUUGGGUUUGCUGUAUCUUCAUGAUUGCAUUUUUGGCAGGAGUAUCACAAGAAUGAGACUGCCGUCAAUCCAUCAUGUCCGGUGGCACAUGGUAUUAUUAACUUGGGUCACUGUAAAGUCACUUUGCCCUUUUGUAAUUAAAUUGUUGGGGGGACUAGAGUCUGUUACCUAGUUAACUCACCAAACUCACCCACUGCUUCAGCAUUUAUUGGUGAUUUCCUAAUCUAUACUGGUAUGUUCUACUGUAAAAAAGUUCUUUUUAUGGGGAGUAAACUCUUAAAGGUAAGGUCGAGAGUCAUGUUUCCAGGCGUGAGCCAAUCAUUUUGGAGAUAAAGCUGGAGGGAGCUUUGAUGGCAUCAGAUCGUGAAUAUUGUUAUAAGGAGUAAAUGCUGUUGUCAAAGUAGUUGGCACAAUACUUGGUACAGUCACUCAUUAAAUAGUACCUGCCUUUAGGAAUGGGUAGACCCUAAAACUAUCUAGCUAGUUGAAAAAAAGGUAAGCAAAGCGAGUUGCUAAAUGUGGAGCCCAAGUUAAGAGUGUUAUCCUUGCUUUCUAGUCUUGAUUGAAUAGCCUUGACAGGUGCGUUAUUUAAAUACAUUGCUUAUUACUUUUUCUAUGCAAAAUUUCAAACACCAGAGAGACUGGUUAGAUGAACCUCCCCCCAUGUACUCACCCAAUUUUAACAGUACCUGUCCACUUCCCCGGAUAAUUUUGAAGGAACCUAGACAUUUCAUCUCCAGGUCAGUAUAUACCUCUAAAAGGCAUCUUAAUCUGUAGGGUUUCUUUGUAUUUUCUUGCAACAUAUUUGUUGAAGAAGCCCAGGUCUGAGUUACUUUGAAUCAAACAGGGUUUUGAACCCGAACAAACUGGCUUGCUCGGGUUCAAACCCCUGCUGAGAAUUUGCAUUUGUAGUAAGUUUCCAGGCAGUGCUAAUGAUGCUGGUUAGAACAGUGGUUCCGAAAUUUUAUUACACUUUGAUUACACGUAGGAAUCAUUCGGAGAUCUUGUUAAAAUGUGGAUUCUGAUUCAGUGUAUCUGGGGUGGAAAUGCAAAUUCUCAACAGGGAUUUGAAGCCCUGGAAUCGACCUUAAUAACAGCUCCCUUGCUUUCUGGUAUGGUAGGAUUUUUCAGGCUUUUCUGCACAUUUCUAGCCUUACACGUGAAAUCAGCCAUUUCUCCAACUAAAUUGGAAAUGACAUUUUGCAACCACGGUCUGAACCCUUGGGGUGCUCAUUGCUACUGGUUUGGUUAUAGGCCCUUUUAGUGGUGGACAGAGCUGGGAGGGAAACCAUUGUCUUUUUUUCUCUCUGGCCACACAGAUUAUGUUACCUUCUGGUCACGUUGGUCAUCUGAAGAUCCUCUCCUUUAAACAUCCCCAGCACUGUAUCUGUGCAGCAGUUUUGCAUCCCCUAACCAUCUCGGUUGUCUUCCAGUCCUCUGAUUUGUCAGUGUCUCAUAAAGUGGAGCCGGCUAGUGGGCACAGCACUCCAGGUUUCCUGUAACCCUCACAGGCAGAGCAGUGCAGCAGCCUCCCUGCCUUACCUGAUGCUUCCUUAGCUGAACUCUAGGUCAGUUCUGUCAAAGGGGUGAGGGAUUUAAAAGGAAACUUCAGAAUCCUGCAUGAUCUCUUUUCUGCACCUUCAGAGGGUUUAAGUGAGGGUUUUGAACCAGUUCAGUCCAGUGUGAAUCCCUGAGAAUUUGCACCCCCAGAUAUACUGAUUCAGAACCUACAUUUUAAUAAGACCCCCCCAGGUGAUUCUUCCAUAUAAUAAAUUUUGAGAACCACUGCUCUGCUACUGGUUCUCAGAAUUGAUCCCUAACCAGCAUCAUUAGCAUAGCCUGGAAACUUGUUAGAAAUGCAGAUUCACAGCAGGGGUUCAAACCUGACCAAACCCAUUUGAAGCCCUGGUUUAAACCAGAUAAUGUGUCGUCUUGUUCUGGCUAACAGGAGUAGAGGAAGAAGGAAAAAUCAGAGCCUAAAUUUCAGUGUGAUUCUAGAGUACACAACGGUGCUGUAGUUGUAAUGAGCAAACAAGAUCUUAGUUUUCAUCCACCUUUGCCAUAAAUGGCAGUGGCCUCCCUGCAAACCAAGCAGGAACUCCAGCUCAGGCUACACUACAGCUGUGAUUGCAAUAAGGUGAUCAGUGCUUUUGGGUGUUCUCAGGAAGUGACACCCUGGAAAUCACUAUGAUCCAAACCCGCAGUCAGUAAACACUAAUUAAAGGCCUACUAGGUGUGUACUAGGUUAAACUGCUCUCAGAAAUAUUUGCUCUCAUUCCACCUCCACAAGCAGAGAGCAUUUCCCAUCCCUUGGUGUUGGGCAUUGAAAUUUUAGAUGUGAAAUGUGUGGUAGGCUGAAUUAUGACCCUUCCAAAAUUUCCACAUUCUCAUCCCUGAAACAUGUGAAUAUGUGACUUUACAGGGUAAAAGGGACUUUGCGGGUGUGAUUAAGUUAAGCAUCUUGAGAUGGGGCGAUUAACCUCCAAGUGGGCCCUUACAAGGAGACAGGCGGGAGGGUCAACUGUCAGAGUUGAUGUGAAGAUGGAAGCAGUCAGAGAGAUUGGGGGAUACUAUGUUGCUGGCUUCCAAGAAGGAAGAAGAGGCUAAGAGCCAAGGAAUGCAGACAAUCUAGAACCGAGGAAAGGGAUUCUGUCCUAGAACCUCCAGAAGGAGCAUCGCUUUGCCGGCACCUUGUGUUUGGCCCAAUGAAACCCAUUUCAGAAUUCUAACUAAUAGGAUUAUAACAGUUAAUGUUGUUUUAAGCCAUGCGAGUCUUUUCCGAUCAAGUGGAUUCCUACCCGUGACAACCCCAUGUGUUACAGAGUAGAACUACUCCAUAGGGUUUUCUUGGCUGUAAUCUUUAUGGAAGCAAAUCACCAGGCCUUUCUUCCAUGUCACUGCUAUGAAGGCUCAAACUGCCAUCUUUUGGUAGCCAAUUGCAAACCACUUGUGCCACCAGGGACCUAGUUUAAG